AUGGCUCCUGUUAUCGUCUUUGGUCCGACUGGCGCGGUCGGCUCGGCCGCCGCGCGCACCGCCCAGCAACUAGGAACCACAGUGUAUCUCGCCAUGCGAGACCCCACGAAAUCCAUUCCUGGCCUCAGUGUGGAGAAGGAACGCGAGGGAGGGUUCGAACGUGUUCAGGCCGACUUCUCGCAACCAGAUACCAUCUCCACUGCGGUAGCACAGAGCAAAGCAAAACAUGCCUUCAUCUACACCGAUCUGACCUCAUCUGACCACAUGCGAGCGAGUUUCAAGGCCCUCAAGCAGGCUGGAAUCGAAUCGGUUGUUCUGCUGAGCAGUUUUGGUAUUCAGGAAGAUGUUCGCGAUGUGCCACCUGAGGAUCACCUCGCCUAUGUGCACGCGCAGGCUGAGGUCUCUCUGCAAGAGGUCUUUGGAGUGAAUGGGUAUGUAGCGGUUCGGCCGGCCUUUUACGCGAGCAACACGCUUUGGUGGAAGGCUUCGAUCCAAAUCGGACAGGUGAAGCUCGCUUGGCCAACUGCAGUUUUUGACUGGAUCUCUCCGGAGGACAUUGGAGGCGUUUGUGGCAUGAUCCUUGCCCGCAGGGCCCAAGGAAUCGAUCUGUCAUUGACCGAGUCGUACGUCAAUCUGGUUGGCGCGGAACAAAUGGGCGUUGGGGAUGCCAUCAAGACCAUCGGAAAAGUCCUGGGCAAGGAGGUCAACGUCACGGAGGUGGAAUACAAUGUAGCCUUGGACAGUCUAGUGAAUGAGUCCGGGCUGCCCGAGCCCAUCGCGCGAUCGGUGCUUGAAUUUUGCCAGAGCGCUGCGAACGGCCAGUCCUUUAUUGACAGUCCCCGAUAUGGUCCUGCUGUUGGCAAUAUUGAAAAGUACCUUGGCCGGCCAGCGACAAGGUUGCAUGAAUGGGUAGAGGUGAACCAAGAGAAGUUCAAUGCUUGA